AUGGCUCUUCCCCUCUUUCUCUUCCUCUUCCUUUCCGUUCCUCUGGUUUCUGCCGGCGGCCACCAUCUCAGCCUCGACUACUACUCCCGCACAUGCCCCGCCUUCCAAGCCAUCGUCAGGGACAACGUCUUCACCAAGCAGAGCGCUGUCCCCGCCACUGCCGCCGGCGUCCUCCGCCUCUUCUUCCACGACUGCUUCACCGAUGGAUGUGACGCCUCCCUCCUCAUCAGCUCCAACGGCUACGCAAAGGGCGAGCGCGACGCCGUCCCCAACCAAUCCCUCUCCGGAGACGCCUUCGACGUCAUCACCAAAAUCAAGAACUCCCUGGAGCUGACGUGCCCAGGCGUGGUCUCCUGCGCCGACAUCGUGGCCCAGACAGCCCGAGACCUGGUCAAGAUGGUGGGGGGUCCUUACUAUGACGUAUUGCUGGGGCGAAAGGACAGCCUGGUGUCGAACAUCUCAAAGCCGAACGAGACCCUGCCCGAGACGAGCAUGUCGAUGGACCAGAUCAUAUUCCGGUUCACGGCAAAAGGAUUCAGCAUCAGGGAGAUGGUGGCUCUCACGGGGGCUCACACCAUAGGGUUCACGCACUGCAAGGAGUUCAGCCACAGGAUCUACAACUUCAGCGCCGCGUCGGACGCGGACCCAACCAUGAACCCGAAGCUGGUGGCGGGACUGAAGAAGCUGUGCGAGAACUACACCACGGACUCGGGCAUAGCGGCCUUCAACGACGUGAGGUCGCCCAGUAAGUUCGACAACGCGUAUUACCAGAAUAUUCUGAACGGGCUGGGCCUGCUGUCGACGGACUACAUGAUGAGCGCCGACCCGAGAACGAGGCCCAUAGUGGAGGUGUACGCCAACAAUCAGACGGCGUUCUUCCAUGACUUCGCCGCCGCCAUGCAGAGGCUUUCGACGCACCGGGUGAAGACCGGGAAGAAGGGAGAGGUGAGGCUGAGGUGUGACCAGUUCAACAACCUUCAGAUGUAG